AUGGCCGGUGACCCAGAUCUGAUUGCUGCAAAUGAAUGGUUAGAGCAGGUUACUCGAUUCCUCGAUACUCUUCAUGUCAAGGAUGAUGACUUGAGGGUGGACCUUGCAGCUUGUCAACUUCGACAAAAUGCUCACGAGUGGUGGAAGUAUGCGAAGACUACGGUUGAGGCAAAAUGGGAUGAUGACUUCAAGAAAGCGUUUUUAGCAAAAUAUGUUCCAGAGAUGGCAAAGGAUGCUUUGAGGAGGGAGUUUCAAAACUUAAUUCAGGGCAAUAUGUCAGUGUCACAAUACAAGGCUAGGUUAACAACUCUAUCCGGCUGUGCACCAGAGUUAGUGAGCACUCAGGAACUUAAGGCUAAAAGGUUUAAAAAUGGGCUUCGAUUAGGCAUUAAGGAAAGGGUUGUGGGAAUAAGAUUACGACAGUAUUCAACAUUGGUAGAGGCAGCCAUGGCAGUUAAGGAUACGUUGCAAGAGUCAAAAAGGAUUAGGGAAUCUCGAUCUCAGCAUGGUGGUUCAAGCACACAGUUUGAGGGGCAUCAAGCAAAGAAACAGAAAAUAUCUGGUGGUAGUUCUUCGUUCCAAGGACCACCUCAGCAGUCUCGCUCAAUUCUGGCACAAUCUAUGGGUCAGACUUCUCAAGGUCGUGCUUAUGUUGUUGUGACUCUGAGUACUUCGAAUGCACUAGCAGACUAUCUUGCACCUCCCGAUAGGUCUGUUGUGAGAGGCCUUAGCAUUGACGUACUAGAUACACCAUUGCUUAUAGAAACUUCGAUAAGGGGUAGAACCGUCUUGAGUAGAGUUUGUAAAUCUUGUGAGAUAGAGAUUGCUGAUCGUCGUUUGGUGUUUGAUUUUAUUGUUUUAGACAUGACGGGGUUUGAUGUCAUCCUUGGGAUGGAUUGGUUUACUACUUACCGAGCUAAUAUUGAUUGUCAUAAACAAAGUCACGGAGGAUUGAGCCUUCUCUUUGCGAUCACUCUAGCAGAUGAAAGUAGUGUGGUUCGCGGGCAACUACCGCCGGCAGUUUUUGAAUUUCCGGAUGUGUUUCCAGAAGACUUGUUUGAGUUGCCACCAUGUCGUGAAAUUGACUUCUCCAUCGAUCUCGUACUGGGUGCACCGGCAUUAUUUGCUAAAAAGAAAGACGGUUCCUUGCGUUUAUGUGUAGACUAUCGAAAACUGAAUCGAGUGACUGUGAAGAAUAAGUACCCUUUGCCAAGGAUAGAUGACUUGUUUGAUCAGCUUAAGGGUUCGACUUGCUUUUCCAAGAUAGAUCUUAGAUCUGGCUACCAUCAAUUAAGGAUCAAAGAGGAGGAUAUAGCAAAAAUAGCUUUUCGAACGCGUUAUGGACAUUAUGAGUUUCUAGUAAUGCCAUUUGGCUUGACAAAUGCCCCCGCGGCCUUUUAUGGAUUUUAUGAAUCAAAUUUUUCAUCGGAAGUGCAUGGAAAACACUUGAGAACAGUAUUGCAGCUUUUUAAGGAACACAAAUUGUAUGCUAAGUAUGAGAAGUGCGAAUUUUGGCUUUCGGAGGUGAAAUUUCUCGGACAUGUGGUCUCUAGGGAUGGGGUGCUAGUUGACCCGAGAAAGGUGGAGGAUGUUAUGAAUUGGAUGCGACCGAAGAAUGUGUUCGAAAUUUAA